CUCUGCAACAUGAACAUGACUACUUCGCCGUUCGUACUCAGUCAUGUCGAACAACAGCGCCGCCAGUAGCAUAGUCGUCGCCCAGAAGGCGGUGAAACAGCUGCGUCUCGAGGCCAGUGUCCGCCGGAUAAAGGUUUCUCAGGCCGCUGCAGAGCUGAAGACCUUCUGUUUGCAAAAUGCCCACAAGGACCCUCUCCUCACCGGGGUGCCCUCCAGUGAUAACCCGUUCAGGCCUCCCAAGUCAUGUGUCCUCCUCUGAUGUUCACAAGACUCGUCCCUUCCAGCUUCAUGUAUUUUUGUCUUCUCAGGGCUGUGAAGGAGUGCAAAACAUUCAAACGGAUGCCUGAUUCCAAUGUGGAUUUCUGUCAUGUGCCCCUUUGUCUCUGAAGAUGAGGUAUCCAAGACCCCCCCCCCCCCCCCUACACAGAAUGAUGCUGAACAUUUGAGUAAAUGCAGUGUGCUUGUUGUGACAGGGUGUCGUGUUAUUGCUCUUUUCAGGGUUCAGAGGUCUAUGCUAGAUUUAGGUUUACACAACAGGCCUUAAUGCUAAUUAUUUUUUUGCCCCCCCAAUUUUGGACCACUUGUAAAACAUUGGAUUUUACAGUCGAGCUAGACUUAUUCAUUUGGUUGUUAUUAUAUAUAAAUUACCACAACAUCCUAUAUGAAAGUCACAUUGGCAGAUGUCAGAUUCCUAUCCGAUUUAUUUAUGAAUGUCACCCAAAGAAAAAAAAAUUGGAUUACAUGUUUUUUCGUACUUGUAAAAAUUGGGUGUUUAACACCAACAGAAAGUACAACGAGUUCAUAAUUCAAAAGGAUUCCAUUAAACAUCAGCUGUGUUAUCAUUAUUCACCAUUAAAAGUCACCAUGUGUCUGUUUCUGUCA